AUGCGCCACACGCAGUUCGACUCGUCGGGCCCCAUGCAAGGGCAUCGGAGCGUGUUCCGGGUGCCCAACUACAAACCUCAACCGACCGUCUCGGAUGAACCAUCUGAAGACCCAGCUGAACCGGUCUAUCACACCCGUCGGACGCACCGCAAGUCCCGCGCCGGCUGUGCAUCCUGCAAGCAGCGCCGAGUCAAGUGUGAUGAAACAAAGCCCCACUGUCUCCGCUGCCAAAAGCAUGGCGUCGAGUGUAACUACUCGGCACCCGCUCGGAGCCGACCAGCCAAACACAUCCUCCAUCGGUUCCUCGAGUCUCGGCCUGACCUGCUUUCCGUAGAGUCUCUGGCGUCCUCCAUGUCCCUACUAGUGGUGGCGGAAAAGUUAGAUGAGCUACUACGGCCGGAUUCUUUAUCCUCCAGCUCAGAUUCGUCUGCUUCGCCGCCUCCGGAUCGAGCGCUGGAAGCCUUACAUCACUUUCACCAUGUCACCGUCGCGAGCGGCCAAGCGAACUCAGAGCUUGGCGUGAUGAUGGGGAAAGUCGCCCAGCUUGCAUUCGAGUCCCCGUUAUUGAUGCACAGUUUGAUUGGCGUGGCUACGAGUCACCUCUGCGGCGUUCUGCCGAACAAUAGCUCCUACCGCGUCGCGGAAUCGUACCAUUGGCAACAAGCGAUUCAAAAGUACACAAAGGAAGUAUCAUCCGGACUAACGGCGAAGAACAUGGACCCGUUAUACUCCGCCUGCAUCAUGAUCACAAUUCACAGCUUCGCCAUCGAAGAAUUCAACCCUCGCUCUUCAUUCGUCUUCUCGGAUGAUCCCGCGGAUCUGAACUGGUUGCGUCUGCAAGGGGGACUGCGCUACCUGCUCGAACGCACGAGGCUGUGGAUGCCGGAUAGUAUGUGGUGGGCAUACUUCAUGCACUCCCAGGACGACCAGAAUCUCAAUUACGAAGAUGACCGACCCGGCCGCAUCGGUCUAGACCCGGAUUUUGCAGAUCUUUGUCAUAUCGAUGAGGGUUCUACCGUGGAGAAUAAUGCGUAUCUCUGGCCGCUACGGAUGCUGACCAAUUUACUUGCUCUCGAGCGUACGAAGCAUAAUUAUCAGAAGUAUUAUAACUGGAUGGGGAGGUUGGAGCCUGAGUAUUAUGAUUGUUUGUUGAGAAAGGAGCCACCUGCGCUCAUGCUUUUGGCUUGGUGGCUUGCGCUCAUGACUGUUGCUGAGGAGUGGUGGAUUGAGACUCGCAUCCGUUCGGAGGGUACUGCUAUCUGCAUGAAACUGGAAGAUAGUCGGGAUCCCGUUUUGUUACGAUUGUUGGAGUUUCCAGCCGAGUCUUGUGGGUAUCUUCUGAGACAUGUGCAAGAGCGGAAUGUUGAAGAAAUAUUGGAGAAUCCGCUGUUGGCGUAA